AUGGAAGGAUUAGCGGCAUUUGUGACAAAAUCGUUCAAUUCGGACUCAAAGGGGAGUUCUGAAAAAGAAUUACAAACAGAGAUGAAGGAAGAAUUGCCGAUUCCUGAUGAACCAACCGAUUUAAGUUUGAAAUCGAAAGAAGAGACAGACAUUAUAACAACACCGGAAGAUGUGACGAAAACAGAAUAUAUAGAGACCAAUGAAUUAUCAGAUAAUGAAUCUGAUAGAGUACCAUUGUACGAAGAUGAUCAACCAAAACUAAAGCAGAGACGAAGUAGAACGAACUUCACACUGGAGCAGUUAAACGAACUGGAAAGAUUAUUCGAUGAGACCCAUUACCCUGAUGCUUUUAUGAGGGAAGAACUAAGCCAGAGACUAGGACUAUCUGAGGCAAGAGUCCAAGUCUGGUUCCAGAAUAGGCGAGCAAAAUGCAGAAAACAAGAGAGUCAGAUGCAGAAAGCAGGUAUUAUGAUGCCAGGACAUGGAACUCCAUUGGACGCUGUACGAAUAGGGACAUAUGUGACGUCUCCACCAAUCAGAGAUGCAGUUGACAGACUUCAUUUUCAACCCUUUCUACCGUACUAUCCUCUACACACAGCUCCACCGACGCCACAUCCGCCGGCUAUUCAUCCACUUCUUCUAUACCAUCAUCACUAUGCUACAGCAUUAAACCUUGCAACAUUACAUGACAGUAAUUUGAAAACAUCUAAAAAUUCUAGCAUUGCUGAUUUACGACUAAAAGCGAGACAACACCUUGCAACCCUUGGAAUUUGAGUGAUAAAUAUAAAUCGAGUAUGUAUUUAACAAUGAGUAAAAUAUGUAACUAUUCAAUUGAUAUGAAAAUGGAAAAUUGGAGGAAUACAUGAAACAUAUAUUUACAGACUCACUGGAUGCGACAUGCAUACAAAUCAAUAUACAUUUAUAUAUGAACUAUUGAUAUAUAUUUUAAAUUGACUAACAAAUAUAUUCCUUAUAUGGUCCUGUGUACCAAAACUAAUACCAUGGGCGUGAAAUAUAGAUAUUGCAACACAUAGACAGUAUGAAUACAAACAAUAAUCAAGUGGUAUGGUAUCAAUAAUACACUGUUACUAGUAUUAUACGCUUUGCUUUUGAAGUGAAGAAAAGCAACUUAAAUCUGUAUACUGGGCAGUUGCUCGGUAAAGCAGGAGUUCUUGGUGAAAAUAAAUCCAGAAAUGAGCCUCAGACGCAUGCUAUUUAAAAAAUGUUGUUCUCGGAUCUUUUUUUUAAAGAAUAUUUGAAUAACCUUUCUCACACUGACUGAAUAAACUACAUUACAAUUAAUUCAUAAUAUGUACAUGGUAGAUAUGGGAUGACCGACUAAAUAUGGAACUUUCAAGUAUGGACACUAUUCAUAUUACUUAGUUUAUAUUGUUAUUGUGUAUAUGACAAUUAUGUAACGUAU